CUAGAAACCUGAGGCCUGGCUCUGGCCUUGUCUACCUCCGGGAAGCUUGCAAGCCUCCUGAGACAUGGGGGACCCUGAGUUCCCUCCCCAGGAGCCCCUGGGUUCCCAGGAGGAUCAGGACACCCUGGACGUCCAGGCGAUGCGGUCCAACCUCAUGGGCUGGCCCCAAGCGGCUGAAAACCAGGAGAUGUACCAGCCUGAGGAGGCCCAGCUGGGCACCCCGCAGUACCUGAGCCCCAACGUGAGCUUCCCCGCCGGGUACCAGCCCCAGCCCUUCCAGGAGGAGGGCGAUGCGCAGCUGCCCCUCAGCACCAACCUCAUGAUGCAGCAGCUCCAGCAGGGCCAAGGCACCUUCUUCCAGCACCUGGACUCGACCUACCAGGACCCCCGGCAGGGCUUCCCCAGCUCCAGUGCCCUGUACUCUGGAGAAGAAGCGCGCUUCGAGGGUGCCCAGCAAGGGCCCUACAUGCAGGAGGAUCCGGCCUACCCGUUUUUGUCCGGCGACAUGGGCUACGUGCCUUUCAACAUGGACUUGCCCGAGCCCGAGCCGCGGGAACUGGCGGUGCAGAACGCCAAGGCCUACCUACUGCAGACCAGCAUCAACAGCCACCUCAGCCUGUACGAACACCUGGUGAACGUGCUGACCAAGAUCCUCAACCAGCGGCCCGAGAACCCCCUGUCCAUGCUGGAGUGGCUGAACCGCACCGCGCAGGCCGAGUGGUUCCACCCCAAGCUGGACACCCUGCGGGACGACCCCGAGAUGCAGCCCACCUACGAGAUGGCCGAGCGGCAGAGGGCGCUGUUCGUCCGCGGCGGCCAGGGCGAGGGCGAGCAGGAGAUGGAGGAAGAGGUGGGCGACACCGCCGUGCCCAACGUGAUGGAGAUGGCCUUCUACUUCGAGCAGGCGGGCGUGGGGCUGAGCUCGGACGAGAGCUUCCGCAUCUUCAUGGCGCUGAAGCAGCUGGUGGAGCAGCAGCCCAUCCACACCUGCCGCUUCUGGGGCAAGAUCCUGGGCCUGAGCCGCAGCUACCUGGUGGCCGAGGUGGAGUUCCGCGAGGGCGAGGAGGAGGGCGAGGAGGAAGAGGUGGAGGAGGUGGUGGAGGGCGGGGAACCCCUGGAGCCCCGGGACGAGGAGGAGGGCGAGGAGGACGAGGAGAAGGCGGCCGACGCCAUCCCCAAGCCCACCUGGAAGCCGCCCCCGGUCAUCCCCCGCGAGGAGAGCCGCAGCGGCACCAACAAGUACCUGUACUUCGUGUGCAACGAGCCGGGCCGGGCCUGGACGCGGCUGCCCCACGUCACGCCGCUGCAGAUCGUGCAGGCCCGCAAGAUCAAGAAGUUCUUCACCGGCUACCUGGACGCGCCCGUCGUCAGCUUCCCGCCCUUCCCGGGCAACGAGGCCAACUACCUGCGGGCCCAGAUCGCCCGCAUCUCAGCCGCCACGCACAUCAGCCCCCUGGGCUUCUACCAGUUCGGGGAGGAGGAGGGCGACGAGGAGGAAGAGGGGGGCGCCGGCCGCGAGUCCUUCGAGGAGAACCCCGACUUCGAGGGCAUCCCGGUGCUGGAGCUGGUGGACUCCAUGGCCAACUGGGUGCACCACGUGCAGCACAUCCUGCCCCAGGGCCGCUGCUCUUGGGUGAAUCCCAUGCAGAAGAUGGAGGAGGAGGAGGAGCUGGGGGAGGAGGAAGAGAAGGCAGAUGAAGGCAUAGAGGAAGUGGAGCAGGAGAUAGGGCCCCCGCUGCUGACACCACUUUCUGAAGACGCAGAGAUUCUGCACAUGUCCCCCUGGACGGCGCGGUUGUCCUGCAGCCUCUGCCCGCAGUACUCCGUGGCAGUCGUUCGCUCCAACCUCUGGCCGGGGGCCUACACCUAUGCCACCGGCAAGAAGUUCGAGAACAUCUACAUCGGCUGGGGCCACAAGUACAGUCCUGACAACUUCAACCCACCCUUGCCGGCCCCCAUUCAACAAGAAUACCCCAGCGGCCCCGACGUCAUGGAGAUGAGCGACCCCACGGUGGAGGAAGAGCAGGCCCUCAAGGCUGCCCAGGAGCAAGCCCUGGCGGCGGCAGAGGAAGAGGAGGAGGAUGAGGAGGAAGAGGAAGAGGAGGACCUGGAAGACUGAGGAACUAGCGCACCCCCCACACACACACACACACACACACCCCUCAGCAGUCAGUUCCAGGUGUAGCCUCUCCUGGACAGAGUCAGCGAUGGCUUUUUGUUUCCCUGUGGGUUUGUUUUCUGCCCCUGGAGGGCAGGGGUAGGAGGAUGGAGGCAGAUUCUCUUAAUAAAAUAUACCCAUUGACCUA